AUGCAGUCCUGGCCCGCACCGGGCCAGAACGGCGCAGGAGGGCCCAACUCGUGGCAGAAUGGCUUCGCAUACGGAGCUCAGGAUGAUCAUUUCGAUCCCAGUCAGACCUGGCCGCACCCUGUGACCGACCAGGCUUCUUCCUUCCCACACGUUGCGGCUCACCAAGACGCUCACUCGCAAAACUUCUUCAACCCUUCUCACCGAAAUGACGCCUUCCUGCGAGGAGGCUUACAUCACGCUUCAAGUGGCGACGGGCUUGAAUUCCACGGAGGCCACGACACACUGGGCCUAAAUCACCAGUUCUCUCAAGCAGACGACGAUGUAAUUGAUCCCGCAUUCGGUGAUUUGCAGGCCGACAUGUACAGCCAGCAACAAAAGGGGACAAUGGGCAUGAAUCAAGUCCAAGGCCAUCCUCAUGCCCGCGUCCAGGGCUUUCCGCAGCACCAUGAAUACCAAUUUCCUAAUCACAACGAACACUCGUUCAAUGCAUCGGUCCCUCAAUAUGAUUCGACCCAGUUACUGUCCACUGGUCAGCAUGACUCGACCCAAGUCCAGCACUUUAACGGCCUGCAAAGUGGUUUCCAACGAGACCCGUCUUUCCCUCGACAGCCCCAGCACUCUCCUCCAGUGCAACGCUCACAGCCGUUCCCGCAUGGGCAAAACUUUGUCCAAAAUCUCAAUGGGCAGUCGAACCACUUCAGUCGAGAUCCGAACGCACACCUGGCCUACCAGUCGCCGCACCAGCACCGACAUCACCCAUCGUCUCACCAACAUGCGCCGCAAGCUGAGCAUGAAUCCUUGGGCGUCUCAAACUACUCAUCGCAGAAACCUGCGGCCCACUCUCAACCAGGCCAGUCGCAUCCUCAUACUUUCGAAGCGGUAACGACCCGGCAACCUGCGACUUCCGUUCCCACCGAAGCCGGCACAGCCUCUGGGCAAACGCCGAUAUCCCCACCUGCGGACUCUUCAGCGCCCAAAAAAAGAAAGCGCGCCGCGAAAAACCCCGUCGAGGCCCCCGUUCUCGACAAUAUCUUGGUAAUUCCCGAUCUAUUGGCCGAACCGUCGUCGGCGAAAAGCUCGGAAGAGAUCGACGCUUUACCCAUCCCAGUCCCGAAUGCUGAAGAGGCCAAGUUGGUGUCCAAUUUUGGAAAACGUAACAGGGCAGCGCAGGCGAGAUUUCCGUCGAUCAAGGGAUUUCCGCACCUGGUUCUAGAGGGUCUCGCAAAGCUUCCAGCACCCAAAAGUUAUGACAAACUGACGCCGUUGGUUGCUCUGCCACCUCGCAGUGGGCGACCAGUAGUCACUACACUAGUAUACCCAUUGCCAUGCGAAGUUCAAGGCCGUUUCGCCGCUCAGUAUCGACCCUCUGUGGACAAGGUCGGUCUAGAUGAAAGACGGGCCGAAGCAAAAUUGUUAUUGGAAGACUACGAUCGGUCGAUGAAGGUUCUGGGCAAGCGACAGCCAAAAUAUACCGAAUACCCUCAUGCUUUCAAGGAACAACUCAAGUCUGAUGAGGUCUCCAAAAACAAGGCGGAAAAGAAGAAGAAAUCGCUCGAGGACGGGCGAACUAAAACUAUUCGACCAGCGACCCGACCAACCGACCCUGUCGAAGCAGUUGUUUGGGACGCCAUCGGAUUCGUUCAUAUUGAUCAAGCUACAGCACGAACGAGCUCUCUCAUUGCCGGAUGCGUCCAGCAAGCCGGGGACCUUCUUAUCAAAUUGCGGACUGACAUGAACCGCAGCAAGCUCGAAUUGGACCAGGCCGUCAAAGACAAGCAACAAGAAGCCACUAUUGCCACGAAGAAGGCAGAGGCUGAACAGAAGAAGGAGGCUUUUUACCGCGCAUUAGACGCAGUCGUUGAGCACGCGGAUGAUGCCGUCCUGGACAACCUGGGAGGACACCAAAAGCUGAUCCUCAGCCUCGUCAACUCCUUAAUCUCCUGCAUCAAAGCCAACGACUUUUCCGGAAACCUUCCAAAAACUGUGUUGGAGCUUUUCACGCACUUCCGCAUGACCAAGAAGAUUGUCGAGACGACCAACUUUGACACUGUCCGCAGGCGAUUUGGGGACAAAGGCGACGAUGAGGUUAAAGAAUUAGUGCGGGAGAUUUCGAUCAAGAUCAAAAGGUUCCAAAAGGCGAAUGAGCCUGAAACAGCGACAGGGUAUACCGGCACAUCAGCAGCAAGCCGUGCGAGGGCUGGAGUCAGGUCCAACACAGAAGGCGCAUCCGCGAAACGGGGUCGGGAUGAUGAUACGGAUACUCGAACCGUGAAGAAGAUAGCCGUCGAGGCGGGGGCAGGCGCGCUCAGCAAGAAGCUUGCUCAGCCAAAGGCUUCCGCGCAUUCCACAACCAAGACGGUUGCUGCCAAAGCAGGGUUGUCUUCCGUAUUGCCGGGGAAGUCUCGGCCUGUCGCAAAAAGCGUGGUCAAGUCCGAGCCCACAGGAGCUGAGAACCCCAGCACACCGGCUGAUGAUCGCAGCAAAGCGGAGAUGGCUAAGAAACCACCGGCCAAGCCCGAUAGCACACCUGUGGAACCCAAGGUCGAGUCUAAAGCGUCUCAAUCACGGCAAACGACGAUGCAAUCCAGCAGCAGCAGCAGCGGCGGCGGCGGCGGCGGCGUGCUUUCUGGAAUCGCUUCAUUACUUGAUUCUAUAAAUUCCAAGAAGCCGGAGACAUCGGCGGCGGUUUCGAAGGAGUCCAAGGCCUUUGACAGCUCGGAAACAUCGGAACAGAGAGCUAAGCGCUUGCGUAAAGAAGCAAGACGAAAGUUGCGCGUCAGCUGGAAGCCUGAAGAAGAACUUGUCGAGGUCAAGAUUUUCCAGAAAGACGACGAAGAGGAUCGAGGUCGUGAUGUCAACAUGCUUCGCGAUGCCGCGGACGACAGAUCCGAAGGCAUGGUUCUGAAACAGCGCGCUGGCGUGGAUGAUGACGACGAAGACGACGACAUUCCGUACCAACCUUGGGUCAGCCCGACUGCCACAGACUUUUCGCAUCUCCCCGGCGACACCAGAGACAAGAACUACGUGACCCGAGGGGGAAAUGUCACCUUUUCCACGCAGGAGCAGAAGCUCAUGACCGAACGCGAGCAGCGGGAGCUCAUGGCGAUCUAUGCCGAUGUCGAAGACAUACCCCCCACGCCAAAGUCCCCCCUGCCGGAGCUAUCCUCUGGUCCAUCAAGGCCCAAAUCAGGCUAUAUCCCGAGCGACGAUGCCAAGUUCAAGGAACUCCAAGUCCGGUGGAGGGAGGAACAGAGCAUGGGUAGGGAAGAGGCAAUGACGUCGGCCAUCAAAAGAGUCGAGAGCAAGAACCACCCCUCGAACAAGCUGGACUCGAUCUUUGGUCGUCUCAAGGCAUCGCCGGGCAACCUGAACUCGAACCAGCAGUCUUCCUAUGCAUCGACAUGGACGCAUGCUUUGGCACGGAUAUCGCACAACUUUCCGUUUGCAGCGGGGCCCUUUGCCGAGGAGCAAGUGUACGCCUGUCUGCAAUGGGACAAGGCCAAGACGUGGCAUGACCCCAAUCCGACCAAGGAGGAUCCCGGCCGUCCCUACCAAUACGGGGACGCAAGCCUCGGAAUGAUUGGCAAUCACAUUGAAACGGUAGCCCGAAGUCUGGCGGGCAAGCCGUAUCCGGCGACAGCGCCUCCCGAAUGGAUACAGCACGACGAGGAGCAGGUGCGCGAGUGGUGGCUGGGAUAUAACAAAGAAGCGGCUGCAAAACAACGCAAGCUGGAAGAGGAGCGUGCCCGGGCCGAAGCAGAGGCCAACGCCUUGAGGAUGGUGGCAGCAGCUACCAACCAGGCGUCUGGUCAGUCUCAGCAAGACUGGAACGCGCACUAUCAGCAGCAGCAGCAGCAGCAGCAGCAGCAGCAGCAGCAGCAGCAGGAGUCUUAUGCGCCGUACUUGUCGCUUUUGCAGCAAAUGACCGGAGGUCAGGGCCCGCAAGCCCAGGCCUCGCCGUCAGGGGGCCUUCAUGGUCAGCUGCUGGAUAGCCAAUAUCAGUCUAUUUUGGCUGCCAUCAACCAACCAAGCCAGCCGGCACCGCAGCAGCAAACGCUCUCUCAUCCCGGAGGCACCAACCCACUGCUUAGCCUUAACCCCAACGACGCGUCAUACCAGCAGCUCCUGCUGCUGACGCAAAUGGCGCAAGGCCAACAAGCCCAGGGCCAGCCUCCUGCACCACCCCCGCCUCCCCCGCCAGCCUCGCAAUCCCACGAUCGAGACGCCGACUGGGAUCGCGCCGAGUCGAGAGACAGAGAGGGCAAAGACGGCCGCAAGAAGAAGGCAACCCUGGCGCCGCACAAGCCCGCCAACAAGGCCCUGAUUGGAACUAAAGCCUGUACAUUUUGGCAGCAGGGCAAAUGCGCGCGCGGCGAGAAGUGUACAUUUCGGCACGACUGA